UAUAUAAAGCGCAGAGGGAGAGAAAGUUACGGUGUGUUUGGUGUCGUGGCUUCAGUUUUCUAGUGUGUAAGUGUGACACUGAGAAGAGCACACGAGAGAGGCCAAGUCCUCUCCUUUUCACUGCGAUUGCGAAACCUCACUUCCAUUCCAUGGUAAUGGAUGCACCCAAUCCUUCUUCUUCCGGCGCCUCCUCCUUCCUCGCCAAUCUCCCCUCUCGAGGCCACUUUUCUUCCACCAUCGUUUCGUCCAAUCCGGGGGGCAUGCGGGCCUAUAUCUGCGAUCAUGAUACAUCGCCACCAGAAGGUCAACAUAUUAAGACAAACCAACAAAACAUACUGAUUAGAUCACUCACCCUCAAGAAACAAAGGGGCGAUUCCAGCUCAAAGGAUGGAUCUGAUGGUUCCAGAAAGAGGAAUGCCGAAAAGGUUUUGGAAAGAUCUUCAGCCAAGAAAACAAAUAAUCAAAUAAAUUCCCGACAAGAGGGAUCAAACAGUCAAACAGCCACUAGGGACUUGCACAACCUGACGGUAGAGAGACUUCGUGCUCUUUUGAAAGCUAAAGGUCUUUCAACCAAGGGAAAGAAGGAGGAGCUUAUCACUCGUCUAAAAGAUGCAACUGGUUAAAGCAUAGCGUGGUGGUAGGAAUACCCUGUUCAUUAAGCAUCCAAUGUAAGAGUAGUUAGUGUUUAAUGUAACUUAGGAUCUGGAACUAAUAUAUAUGUGUAUACAUACCCAGUGCAAAUUACAGUUACAGAUGAAUAUUAUCGUUUUGGAGCUACUACCGUUUCGUGACUAUCAGCGUUAAGUAUGUUUUUUGGGGCAUGAUUUGUAGAGGUCAACUACACAAUUGGACAAUCAAUGGUGGUUUUCAAGUUUUGUUUACGA